AGAGUAUGGGGUCAAAAUUUGACUAUAGGAAGGUUCAUGCCAAACUCGGAGGAGCUCCUACUACUCAAGCCGUUGAAGAAGGGGGGCAAGAGCCCCAAGGCUAAAAUAGCUAAGGGUGGCAAAUCCCGUACCAACCAAGUAGGAGCAGCAGCCUAA